AGAAACUGUCUGUCAUGUAAGACAACAGAUAUUUUUAUUCUAGCUUUGUAAAAAUUCAAAAUUCCUCAGAAAUCUGGCUUUUUAUUUUAUCCACUUUCGGCUUAUUUCCAAUCUUAAAUCAAAAUUGUAAUUUCCGGUAAAAACCAGAUUCUAAAUUCUAAAAAAAAGUGCAGCGCGAUGACGAUGCGACUGAACUUGGAUCAUAUUUUGAGGAGUCAACUGAUGGAUAAACAACAGUUUGGCGAUCAUCAUUUGGCCAGAGCCACCGACAAGGAGAAGUCCACCCUCAGACUGGGUGCUGGCAAAUCGGAAGCGUACAAGUAUCUUGUGGAGAAGGGCAAUGUGGGCACCCGGGUGAACUCAAUGAUCUCCAGCAUACACCAGCACAUGAAGAUUACUGCUCCGCCACGUAAGUCUGUCCCUGCGGUGCCAGCUCCUAUUGCUCAGAUUCCAGUGGAGGCUUCCAUCAGUAAAACCUCCGCUGCAAAGAAGAUGCGUCGCAUCAAAGGCGGCGGCGGCACUGCGGUAGCUAGCAAUAAAGCCAUGCCACUGUCACGCAUGAAGGCGCGCAUUAAUCAGCAGUCACAGCAGAUUAUGCGACGCGGAUACGUAGAUUUGAAUCCGACAAAUUACACAAAUCAGCGACGCAUUCGUGAGGUGCUCGUGCAAAAAACUGUGCUAGAAAAUAUGUUGUUACAGCACAAGAGAUUGCAACGCGACAGGCAAACCAUUGCUCUGGACAUACAGCGAAUGCGUCAAGAUCUCGACAAAAUCAAAAACAAACUGGACACAUCGAUGGAGGCCUUAAAAUCCACACGAACGCUCUACAGUGGUUUCAAUAAGGGCAAAAAGGGACUAUUGCCGCUGGGAUUGCCAACGAAUGCUACCCUUGCAAUUAAAUCGGCAUCAAAACUCGUAACGAAAACGCAUUCUGCCAAGUCGAGUAAAAUUAUUGCAAAGAGGCAACAUACGCCUUCCACAAAGAAGAUGCGCGCGCGUCGUUAAC